AGCCCCAUUCUGUUCUUCUUCAACGAAGAAACAAGCACCCGCACUUUCUGAAUACAGGUGCUGCUUCACCGUAGCCUCUCUGCCCUGUGAUUAUGGCCAAAAACAGGAACAAGAAGAAGAUAAACGAUGCCGUUUCAAUGGAUACCACCACCGACCCAUCCGUUUCGGAAGCACCUGAAGCAAUGGACACAUCAGAAUCACGAGCUCAAAACACUGGUGCCGGUGCUACCACAUUAAAGAUGAAGCAGAAAGUAAGGCCUAUGAAGAGAACAAAAAAUGUCCGAAAGAGGAAGGCAAUGGCAAAAGCUAUAUGCGCAAAUGAGAAGUCUUCUCAGAAAAUGUUGAAGAAUGACAACAAAAAAAGUAGAGUUCAAUCUGCAAAAACACUCUAUGAAUGAAUAGCUGGAUGGCUCCUAUAAUCACUUGGAAAAUUUUGAUACUUCAUCUUGCAAGCACUUAAUAUACGCCUUUUGUCAUUUAAUUUAGCCAAAUUCAAUUAUUUAUUUAGGCCAGGUGUUUUUGUUGCAUCCUUACGGAAAUUGUGAGUUUAUAUAGGUUAAAUUCUAUUCUCUCAAUGAUAUGA